AUGCGAUCCAAAAUAGAAGCCACAUGUGACACAUGCCAGAGGCCACAACCUGUGCCACAUACCAGAGGCUACAACCUGUGCCACAUACCAGAGGCCACAACCUGUGCCACAUACCAGAGGCCACAACCUGUGCCACAUACCAGAGGCCACAACCUGUGCCACAUACCAGAGGCCACAACCUGUGCCACAUACCAGAGGCUACAACCUGUGCCACAUACCAGAGGCCACAACCUGUGCCACAUACCAGAGGCCACAACCUGUGCCACAUACCAGAGGCCAUAUGUGCCACAUACCAGAGGCCACAACCUGUGCCACAUACCAGAGGCUACAACCUGUGCCACAUACCAGAGGCCACAACCUGUGCCACAUACCAGAGGCCACAUGUGCCACAUACCAGAGGCCACAACCUGUGCCACAUACCAGAGGCCACAACCUGUGCCACAUACCAGAGGCCACAACCUGUGCCACAUACCAGAGGCCACAACCUGUGCCACAUACCAGAGGCCACAACCUGUGCCACAACCUGUGCCACAUACCAGAGGCCACAACCUGUGCCACAUACCAGAGGCCACAACCUGUGCCACAUACCAGAGGCCACAACCUGUGCCACAUACCAGAGGCCACAACCACAUGUGCCACAUACCAGAGGCCACAACCUGUGCCACAUACCAGAGGCCACAACCUGUGCCACAUACCAGAGGCCACAACCUGUGUGCCACAUACCAGAGGCCACAACCAGAGGCUACAACCUGUGCCACAUACCAGAGGCCACAACCUGUGCCACAUACCAGAGGCAACCUGUGCCACAUACCAGAGGCCACAACCUGUGCCACAUACCAGAGGCCACAUGUGCCACAUACCAGAGGCCACAACCUGUGCCACAUACCAGAGGCCACAACCUGUGCCACAUACCACAACCUGUGCCACAGAGGCCACAACCUGUGCCACAUACCAGAGGCUACAACCUGUGCCACAUACCAGAGGCCACAACCUGUGCCACAUACCAGAGGCCACAUGUGCCACAUACCAGAGGCCACAACCUGUGCCACAUACCAGAGGCUACAACCUGUGACACAUACCAGAGGCCACAACCUGUGCCACAUACCAGAGGCCACAACCUGUGCCACAUACCAGAGGCCACACAUACCAGAGGCCACAACCUGUGCCACAUACCAGAGGCAUACCAGAGGCCACAACCUGUGCCACAUACCAGAUUCCACAACCUGUGCCACAUACCAGAGGCCACAACCUGUGCCACAUACCAGAGGCCACAACCUGUGCCACAUACCAGAGGCCACAACCUGUGCCACAUACCAGAGGCCACAACCUGUGCCACAUACCAGAGGCCACAACCUGUGCCACAUACCAGAGGCCACAACCUGUGCCACAUACCAGAGGCCACAACCUGUGCCACAUACCAGAGGCCACAACCUGUGCCACAUACCAGAGGCCACAACCUACAACCUGUGCCACAUACCAGAGGCCACAACCUGUGCCACAUACCAGAGGCCACAACCUGUGCCACAUACCAGAGGCCACAUGUGCCACAUACCAGAGGCCACAACCUGUGCCACAUACCAGAGGCUACAACCUGUGACACAUACCAGAGGCCACAACCUGUGCCACAUACCAGAGGCCACAACCUGUGCCACAUACCAGAGGCUACAACCUGUGCCACAUACCAGAGGCCACAACCUGUGCCACAUACCAGAUUCCACAACAUGUGACACAUACCAGAGGCCACAACCUGUGCCACAUACCAGAUUCCACAACCUGUGCCACAUACCAGAGGCCACAACCUGUGCCACAUACCAGAGGCCACAACCUGUGCCACAUACCAGAGGCCACAACCUGUGCCACAUACCAGAGGCCACAUGUGCCACAUACCAGAGGCCACAACCUGUGCCACAUACCAGAGGCCACAACCUGUGCCACAUACCAGAGGCCACAACCUGUGCCACAUACCAGAGGCCACAUGUGCCACAUACCAGAGGCCACAACCUGUGCCACAUACCAGAGGCCACAACCUGUGCCACAUACCAGAGGCCACAUGUGCCACAUACCAGAGGCCACAACCUGUGCCACAUACCAGAGGCCACAACCUGUGCCACAUACCAGAGGCCACAACCUGUGCCACAUACCAGAGGCCACAACCUGUGCCACAUACCAGAGGCCACAACCUGUGCCACAUACCAGAGGCCACAACCUGUGCCACAUACCUCGUCACCCAGAGUAAUGGCCCUUUAUGAACAGUCUCUUAGCUCAAGUCUAAGGAACAAGAACAACCCGGAAACCUCCGUCAUACAAAACAGAGAGAAUCCUCCACGACCAACGGGCUUCCUGUCCCCAUUAAGGUCUGUGUAUGUAGUUAUGACGAGACUUACAUAUCAACGGCUAAUAAUCGUUGGUAUUAGCCGUUGA